AUGGAUUGCAGACGAAGGGGAUGAUGGAAGCAAGCUCAGGCAAGCUCUAAGCGUGAGAAAGCGUUAGUAUUAGGUUCACUGAAGGACGUUGCCUGAUUUGUAUUUAGACUUUUCAAAGCUUGCGACGCCCAACACUCCUGCGCUCAAUUGCACUAAGUCGUACUUCAUCAACACAUGGCCGACGCAACCUCUCCAGCUCAACGUUUGGUUCCAGGUGCUCCUCCUCCGCCCCCUGCCCCCAAAUCACAAAAGAAAAAGCGUAAGACUACCAAGGCUAAGUCGACAGCAGACUCCACAGAAGGACACGUCGACAUCCCCGAUUCUACUUCUGCUGCUUUAAUUGAUCAUGCACCGCAACCAGAAGAUGUUAAAGAGGGUCAUGUCGCUCCCCAACUCAUUGUGCAGCCCUCAGAAUCGGGGGAACCCUCAACGCCGCUUCAAGAGGGUUCACAGAAGCCUAGCCCACUUGUUGAUAUGCUCAACAAAAGGCUGAAGGCAACAAACAAGAAGAUCCUCCGGAUUCAAAGCUACUCGACCAAUCCUCCUGAGAAAUUGAAUGAUGAUCAGAAGCGGACACUCAAGACCUUGCCCAUUCUAGAGGGUGUGUAUAAGGAAUUGGAAGAAGUCAGGAAGGCUGUCGAGACACAUGAAGCCGAGCAUGCUCAUGAGUUGCUUGUAAAACAAUCAGAGGCUGCUCAGGCCGAGCAAAAGCGCGCAGAAGAGGCCCUUGCUGCUGCUGAGCUAAGACAUCGUCACUUGACGGGAGACCUACUUAGUUUCAUUCGUAUCCACUCCUUGAUCAACGCUGGACAUCCUGCUGGUCUCGCACUGAAUCUGGAUGAGCUGGAGGACUCUGCAGUUUACUCUGCCACUGAGGCUCUUCUCGGGGAAGACAUCGAGAAUAAGGCCGAGGUCAUCCGAGGUUUCUACUCUGCUGAGGGCGAUUUCAACGGCGUCGAGUAUUCCCGACUCCUUGAAAUCACUCAACAAUUCCUUAACCCACCCCGUGUGCCAACGCCUGUACCAGAGCCAGUCGCUGAUCUUGAAGAGCCUGCGGCAGCUGCGGAGCCUGAAAUCACCGUUGGUGGUUUGCCUCUAUCGCUGGGCACAUCUGCCAGCUUCCGCUUCGUUGUUGAUGACGAACUCGAGGCAGAGGCCGAAGCGCAGCCUGCUCUGGAGCAAUCGACUGAAUGGGUACAUGUCAAUGACACAGAGGCUACCCAGGUUGCUGAAGUUGAUGUUGUUGAGACCGUCACCGAAGUGAACGUUAACGGACAUACCUUUGUUGAGGACUCCGUUACCCUCACGACAACUGCUGAGGUACCCGUAGCAACUUCUAACGGUGCAAUCAACUGGGCAGACGAGGAUGAAGGUGGCCUUCCUUCCAUUGCGGGUCUUCAUGCCAAAUUUGGUACAGAAACUCAGGUGCAACCCCCUUCUCCAACAGCGCCUGUCAGUGGUGUACAUCAUGUGAACGGAGGUGCCCUUCCUGAGGAGGAUGGCUUCACUUCCGCUGCCCGUGGUCGUGGACGAGGCCGUGGUGCACAUCGAGGUGAUCGUGGUUCAUUCAGAGGCCGGGGUGGUGACCGUGGAGGAUUCCGUGGAGGUGAGCGUGGUCGUGGUGGGUUCCGUAGCGACCGUGGCGGCGAGCGCGGUGGAUUCCGCGGCGAACGUGGUGGAGAGCGAGGUGGAUACCGUGGACGUGGUGAGUGGAGAGGCGGCGAAGGUGAGUUCCGUGGUCGUGGGCGAGGUCGCGGCAGGGGCGGCUUCCACGAGAGUCGUGGCGGCGCUGUGGCGGCGUCUUCAUAACGAACUUUUUGCAUGCUACCAGAAAAGGGGACAUUAUUCCUUUCACUGUGUGUUCGGACUCCCUCCCCAUCGUUCGUGACGUACCUGACGAACUGUUGUCACUUUGUAUACGAGCUUUGAAAUGUGCACCGAUCUGUACUUAUCUUGUAGGUCUUGCUGAUACACAGCAGCCGACUCCACUCACGUGAAUCUCGAUUGGCACCGAGUGCUAACAUGAAGUGAAUGUACGUCUUAUAAGGAAGGCUACAGCGACCUAAAUGAAUCUUGGCAAUCUGA